AAGAAAUCGUACAUGUAUGCGCGCGCGUCCAACGUCCGGUUCACCGACCACCAUCACGUCUCAAACCGUACACGGAACCUAUAGUACACUCCGCUCCGUCGCCGUCCCGUAUCUUUUCUUCCUUUCGUUGCUUUCGUGUACUCGUUAAUAAUCCUGAAAACACGAUGGACGUCACUCUUUUACUUCAACAUUCGCAGUACGCGAUACCAAUUGGAAUUGUUCUAAUUUGUGCCAUCCUCGUCUUUGCUUUCGGUUUCAAGAAGGCCGAGCAACCACCGUUCGCUCAACUAUCCGACGUGGACCGGAAACUUAGCAACAAGAAGCGCGGUAAAACCAAAGAUAAGAAAGCUAGCAAUGGUCAAGUAGCAAGUGAGAAAGCAAGUCCACUUAAGAAAACUGUGGUAUCAAAAACAGAAAUUUCAUCAAAGAAAUCUACAUCAAAGGCAGAUGAAAUGGAUAAUAAGUCAAAGGAAAAGAAACAAGAAGAUAAUAAAAGUUCUGUUAAGAAGGAAAAAAGUCAAAUUGAUGCAAAAGAUUUAAAAGAAAAUAAAGUUGAGCAAACAAAAAACAAGAAGAAUUUAAAAAAUUUAGUUCAAGAGAAACCAGUAGAUUUUGAUGAUGGAGAUUGGGAACAAGCAUACUCUAGAAAAGAUAAAAAAAAUAAAAAAAAAGAAGAGGAAAGCCCUUCAAAGAAAGGUAAAAAAGCCACAAAAAAGGCUGAUAUAAUUAAUGAAGCUGUUGCAAAACAGAAGGAACUAGAUAAAGGUGAAGUUAAAGACAAAGUUGCUAAAGAAACAGAAAAUAAAGAAUUAAAGGAAAAGGAUAAAAAAGAAGUAAUACUUACUCCAAUUUCUACUGACAAGGUUACUAAGGAGAAAGAAUCAGAAAAGGAAGAAGAACAAAAUAAGACUGAAAAAUUAGAAAAAGAAGAAAAAAAAAGUACCAAAUCAAAAAAGAAUAAAAAGAUUUCUGAAGAAGAAAAUAUACAAGUAUCAACAACCUCUAGAGCAGAUAUAGAUGCUAAACCUGUUGAAAAUUCAGUACAAAAAAAGAAAAAUGAUGCGGAGAAAAAGGUAGAUAAUUUUGAUCCUAAAGUGGAACAAGCACGGGAAAAAAAUACUUCUGCAUCUGAUGAAUCAGGAGAUGCAAAGUCGCAGAAGAAAAAUAAGAAGAAGGCUCGGAAAGAUAACUAAGGAAAGUCAAAAAGAAUGAUAAACUUCUCUUACUAAGAGGAAAUGGAGUGAGAAACCUACUUGGUUCAAAAAACAUGCAUUGCUUUGAACAAGAUGGGUGCUUUUCAAGUGACUUACCAAUCAACCGCCUGACCAAAUCGUUCCUCAUUUUUGUAUAUAAUAUUAAUUGGAUUAAGUUCUUUAAGCGAAUACAGUUACAUAUAGGAUUCAUGACAUCAGGUGCGUACAUAGCAUUCAUAAAAAGACUUCUUAAAUAUUCCCACUUUAUUUUGACAUGUCCACUGUAGCUACCCUAUAGCUGGGGCAUAGCUGCCUUGCAUUUAAUGAAAGUGGCAUAAGUCAUAGUUUUUGACAUAGUGUAAUCACACAAGAUAAAUUAUUUUAACAUGGUACAUGUUUAUAAUAGCACAUUACAUCUCCCUUGAUCUGUAGAGAUAUAUCAUGGCUCUAGAAGCAAAACAGUUUACAUAGUUAGAAUCUAGUACUUAUGCCAUCCUAUUUUUUAAGGUAAACGUAUAUUUUAUAUAGGAAAAUUUUAGUUUGCAAUACUAUAUAAAUAUGUUCAUUAAUUUGUUUUUUAUUAGUUCACUAUAGUUUCUAAUCAUUUAUUUAUAUUUCAAAUAUCGUAAACCAAAAUGUAGAAAGUAUAAAGUAUACUUCAAGUUGUCAUUAUUAGGACAAUCUCUUAAAAAGAAAACAUACAGAGAUCUAUUAAAGACAUAUUUUCCUACAUAAAGGAUAAAAAACUACUUUUGUUAAUAUUACUGCUUAAAAGAAAUAUCUGUGAAUCUUUUUCUGAAUUUUAAAAAAGUUUAUACAUUUUUAAAACAGUAAGAUAUAUCAAAUUAUAUUUAUACUUGACUUCAAAUAAAAACAGAAUAUUAUUUUUAACUUCUCUAAAAAGUUAUAAAAUUUUACUGAAGAAAAUACAAAUUUCAUAGAGAUCUUUUCUAUUAUCAGACAACUUAUUAAAAUUUGACUACAUUUAACAAAUGUUUUUUUUGUACUAGAAUGUGAUGCUGAUUAUAAAUAAAUUUAUAAUGAUAAGUGUGUGCCAAGCACUAAGAAAUCUAUACAAUCAAGUUAUAGUAAAAACCAUUUGAAAAUACUGUCCAGAUAGUAUGAAUAGUUUUGAUGUACUAUUGGACAAUACUUUAAAAAAUCAAUCAUUAUAUUAUAAUAUAGAAAUUAUAUUUGUGAAGUAAAAAUGGUUGGUAAAAAAUAGAAAAUAUAUAUAUAUUAUUAAAAAAUAAUUAACUGUAAAUAUACACAUUAUUGUUAUAUUAAUAUUCUGGAAAAAAAACUUAAAUAAGCAAUAUGGGCCUAGCAAACUUUGAUUUUCUAAGUAAUUCAAAGUUUGUAUUCACAUAUCUUAUUUUUUAUUACAUUUAAAUAAACAUAAUAUAUUUCUUUGAUACGAACUCUACAUGACAAAAGAUUUUACCUAAAUACAAUACAAAAAUAAAAUAAAUUAUUAACUGCUGACAAUACUUUGCAGUAUAGACACAAAACAAAAUUUGAGCUAUGUGUCAUAGAUAAAUUGAAAUACCAGAAUACAGACUUGAAUUGAGGCUUAAUUUUCAAACUAUUGUUUGUUAUUACAAUGGAUCUCAGAUAAUUGUUUUAUUUAAGUAUUUUGAUAGAAUGAUUAUAAUGACGUUUAAUGUUUUUGCUAAGUCCACAUGUGCGUACAUCACAGUGCUAUAAAAAUAUAGAAAUUGUUUUUAUAUAUGUACUUGUGGGAACUAAAUUAAUUUUUCAUGCUUUAUAUUGCUACAAUAUAUUUAAAUAUAUCUAAUAACAAUUGGUACAAAAUCUGGAGCAACAGAUUACUAAUGAGUGUGGUUAAAGUUUUAUCAGAUAUAUAUUUUUUUUCAUUAUUAUCCAUGUAAAUCAUUUUAAUGAGCCUUUUUUUAUUAUGGCUCAUGUAAAGUGGAUAGAUAAGUAUUUUUUAAAUGUAUCAGAAUUCAUCUGUAAAAAUGCUUUUGUGUAAAAUGUUAAUAAUUGUUUCAUUAAUAUAUAAAAUAGCAUGCUCUGUAUAAAUGCUAAAAUGUUGAUGGUAAUUAUGUAUAAAGAUAAAUGUGUUUAUAUAAAAACAGAUGGAUUAGAAGCAUAUAUAUUAUAUAUUAUAAAUCUUAUUUUACAUAACGUACAUAAGCAGCUUGUAUUUUAUUAGAAAACAAUGUAAAAUGUGAAAAAGUCUAUUAUUUGCAGCUAUCAAUUAAGAAUAUAUUAAUUAUUAUAAUUAUUGUAGGCAUUAAUUGCAUAUUUACAUUUAUUCUACAUAAUUCAUUUAAACGUUAUUUAAUAAUGUUUAUGAUAAUUUCGAGUUUUAUUGAAGAGAGUAAUGUAGAGAAAAAUUUGAAGCAAAUGCCUGAUGAAAUCUUGUGAUAAGCAUUUUGUAUAUCUGAACUUUAUGGUUUGAAUAUGCAUAAUGGGACCACUAAUGGUUCUUCAUGAUAAAAAGGAAGUGGAGGGUAUCUUAUUAUAUAUAUUUUUUUUAUAAAUAUAAGAAUAGAAUACACAAAAUAGGAAAAUUUGUUCAUGUUUCGUGUUUUUUCAAAUAUCAGUAAUUACAAGAUCUUUUCUGUAGUAUAAUAAGAAUUAUAAUUUCAUCACAAUAUUUUUUAUAAUUGAGACAUAAAAAAAUUGUAGUAUGUUUCUCUUUAUAUAGAAUGGAUAAAUGUUUAAUCUUUCAUAUCAUAUAAUCAGUGUAUAGCUCAUUAAUGUGCCAAACAGAAAAUAUAUAGCUAUAUGUUAUAUUUUUCUAAGAGUAAAUCUCAUAAAAGAACUGGUAUUAUAUAUCUACAAUGUAUAUUUUAUGAUCUUUGGUAAUACCAUUGUUCUAUUAUUUGAUAUAACAUAUACAUUAUUAAAUAUGGUUCUGUUUUAAAUUGCUUUUAUAAUUUCAUUUUUGUUUUGCUUAAUAUUUCUUUUGUAAAUUCCAACUGUGUGCAACUUCUUUUAUUUACUUUGUUUGUAUAAAAUAAUUAUUAAUGUACUUAAAUAUUUUCCAUAAUUUUUUCGUAUUGACUUUAUGUUUUACAGUAAACAUAUCUUAGAAACAUUAUUUUUUAAAAUAAUAAUCAUGUAGUACUAUAUGAAGCAGUUUCAAAUAUUUAGUUCAUUAAUUACUAAAAAAUGUUACAUUGAUAAAUCAUACAUUAAAUGAUCUUUGUUUGAAAUUUUGAGGUAAUUAUAUCAUGAAAUAAUGCAGGCAAAAGUAUAUAUGAAAAAUAAAUACUCUUUGUGCAUAUGUGGAUAUUCUUUUUGUAUAAUUUUCUUGUAGUACGAUCAAAAAAUUUCAAGAAUUUUAUCAAUAAAAUUAUAAUUACUGUAAAUAAAAAGAUAAUAUUCAAAUUGUACAUAUGUAUAUUAAAAAAUAAUUUUCUGAUUACAAUUAUAUGUGCAAUCGUCAUUAAAAAUUGUAGUAAUAGUUUUUAAUAUCUAAAUCUAAAUGUUUGCAUCGAUAUAAUAUAAAACGUGAUAAAAAAUUGAA